GGUGGACUUUGUAUGAUUUAUUUAUUCCUGAGGUUGUCAUACCAUGGCUGAAAAUGACGUGGACAGAAACCAUACUGAGAAACUCCUAAAAAGGGUGCAAGAACUGGAAGAAGAAGUACAAAGACUUAAAAAGGAGCAAGUCAAUAACAAGAACUCAAGCAGAAGAGAUCCUUUAGGAGGUGGAAAAGCUAAGCGUGCAUUUGAUUUCAGUGCUCAUGGCCGAAGACAUGUAGCUCUGAGGAUAGCCUAUCUUGGCUGGGGCUACCAGGGUUUUGCCAGUCAGGAAAACACAAGUAAUACCAUUGAAGAGAAGCUAUUUGAGGCACUAACCAAGACACGACUGGUAGAAAGUAGACAGACAUCCAAUUAUCACCGGUGUGGGCGAACAGACAAAGGAGUUAGUGCCUUUGGACAGGUGAUAUCUCUUGACCUUCGCUCUCACUUUCCAAAGAAGGAUUCAGAGGAUUGUAAUUUAGAAGAGACAGUCAGUGAUACUGCUAAAGAGAUCCGUUAUACCCACAUUCUUAAUCGUGUGCUCCCUGCUGACAUCCGUAUAUUGGCCUGGGCCCCUGUAGAACCUACUUUCAGUGCUAGGUUCAGCUGUCUUGAGCGGACGUACCGCUAUUUUUUCCCUCGUGCUGAUUUAGAUAUUAGAAUCAUGAAUUCUGCAGCUCAAAAGUUUGUUGGCACACAUGAUUUCAGGAAUUUGUGUAAAAUGGAUGUAGCCAAUGGAGUGAUUAAUUUUCAGAGGACUAUUCUGUCUGCUCAAGUACAGCUAAUGGGCCAGAGCCUGGGUGAGGAGGGACGGCAAGACCCUUUCCAAUUGUGUCAGUUUGAAGUGAUUGGCCAGGCAUUCCUGUAUCACCAAGUUCGCUGUAUGAUGGCUAUCCUCUUUCUGGUUGGCCAAGGAAUGGAGAAACCAGAGAUUAUUGAUGAGUUGCUGAACAUAGAGAAAAAUUCCCAGAAACCUCAGUACAGCAUGGCAGUAGAAUUUCCUCUAGUUUUAUAUGACUGCAAGUUUGAAAAUAUCAACUGGAUUUAUGACCAGGAUGUUCAAGAAUUCAAUGUUACCCACCUACAACAACUAUGGGCUAAUCAUGCUGUUAAAACCCACAUGUUGUAUAGUAUGCUGCAAGGAUUGGACUCUGUGGCAGUAUCCUGUGGGAAAGGACCAAAGAUGGAUGGAGUGAUAGAAUGGAGAAAUGUUAAGCCCUCUGUCAUAAAACAGACCAGUGCCUUUGUAGAAGGAGUGAAAAUGCGUACAUAUAAACCUCUAAUGGAUCGUCCUAAAUGCCAAGGAUUGGAAUCCCGGAUACAGCAUUUUGUACGUAGGGGACGUAUUGAUAAUCCGUAUUUAUUCCAUAAGGAAGAAACAAAAGCCAAAAGGGACUGUAAUGACACAUUAAAGGAAGAAAAUACCAUUUUGGAGAAACCAACAAAAAGAGUCUGUGUUGAUACAAAAAUUGAAAGUAUCAUUUAACCAUAGAAAACUCACCAAGAUCCAGGAGGCAACAACCAGCUAGUUGUUGGAAGAAGCUAGGUGGGUAGAAAGAAAAUAUUUAUUGCAAGACGUAAUAAAAAUUUUGAUGAUCAACUCUUAAAAAA